CACUCCUUGAAAAAACACACUUGGGACAUGACUUGGACUUGAACUUGGACUGACACGGGUUCGGCGCCACGUGACGCAGAUAAAGCAGAACCCCCCCCCAUGAGGAAUCCCACUUCGCACAUCGAGUCUGCGUGGGAAGGGCAGCUUUGAUGGAGGUGAAACCUUGGAGGAGAACAUGCAAGGUGUUGCUGCUCCUCGUCCUCCUCUUCUGGUUUUGCGCCGGAGCCCCGAACCGGAAGCACCGGCUGCUGUGCUGGAAGGCCACCCUGCGGUGCCACGGAGAGCCGGACUGCCGCUAUGCCUACGACCAGUACGCGCACGCCUGCUCGCCCGUCCUGAACGGAGAGCGCCGGAGGUGUCCCAGCCACUGCAUCUCCUCCCUCGUCCAGCUCAACCAGACCCGCGGCGGACCGGCUCUGGAGGACUGUGACUGCGCUGCGGACCCGGUCUGCAGGCGGACCAAGCAGGCAAUAGAACCGUGCGUUACCCGGACUCACGCGCUGGGCUGCACGAACGCGCGCCGCCGGUGCGAGGCCGACCGGGCGUGCAGCGCCUCCAUGCGGGAGUACUUGUUCCGCUGCAGGAUGCUCUUCGGCGGGCAGCGCUGCUCGGCGGGCUGCCGGGCGCUCAUCGCCCGCAUGCGAGACAUUCCCGCCGCGCAGCAGCUGGAUUCGUGCGUGUGCGACGGCGCGGAAAGGAACAUCUGCGAGUACAUUAAAGUCAGCAUGAAGACCUUCUGCUCGGACCAAGCAGGAGGACGAGGGGGUGCAGGGUACGCAGGGAGCGGCUACUCGGAGGAGGACUCAGAGGACGACUACCUUGAAGUGGACCGUCACGCACAAGGGGACACCACAGGGGGAUCCAUGUGUCUCCAGAGCGGCCUGGUCCUCAUCACCAUGUUAGCUUUGACCGGUGCUCUUGCUUCAUGAAGACAGAAAACUAACUUGCCGGUGAGGGUCUGGAUAAAGGUGGAGGUGUUUUCACACUUUCUGGGCAGCAUGGGAAGACAACCAGGAAGUGGACACUUCAUGAUGUCACUUGUUGUUAGGCAGAAUUCAUGAAUGAUGUCACUUGUUGCCAGGCAGAAUAAAAAAAACAUGUUGCUACUUUUGUGUGAAAUGAUCACAUGAGGAUUGUGACUAGCUUACUCUGUAUGAAAUGUAAAAUGGAUUUAAUGUAUAAAGUGUUUGCGUGGCGUGGAAGUUCUGAAGAUGUCCACACAAGGUGACAAGAUUACAUUUCCUCUUCCACCAUUGUGUGUUCUCAUCUCCAUGACGGCCACGUUCUAAAACGUCUCUACUUCAUCUACUAACCUUUCAACCUUUCUUCCUCCUCCAAAACUGCAUGGCUCAAAUCUCCGCUACAAUCACUGGAAACAUCCUCUGACUCGUACAUGCUACUUGAUAUCACUACUUCAUACUACUACUUUAUUCUCCUAUUAUCAUUACGUAAUACUCCUACUUUAUUCUCCCAAUAUCACUACUUAAUACUACUACUUUAUUCUCCCAAUAUUACGACUUAAUACUACUACUUUAUUCUCCCAAUAUCACUACUUAAUACUACUACUUUAUUCUCCUAAUAUUACUACUUAAUGUUACUACUUUAUACUCCUAAUAUGACUACUUAAUGUUACUACUUAAUUCUCCUAAUAUUACUACUUAAUGUUACUACUUUAUUCUCCUAAUAUCACUACUUAAUACUACUACUUGAUUCUCCUAAUAUUACUACUUAAUACUACCACUUAAUUCUCCUAAUAUUACUACUUAAUGUUACUACUUCAUUCUCCUAAUAUUACUACAGAGUGGCCGCUAUAGACAGAUGGCCUCUAUAGACAGGUUGGCGUCCAGUUUGAAUGUUGACCAGUAGAGGAAAAAAAAGAAAAAAAAAGGGGAGGAAAAAAUAAUAAUAAUAAUGUUGACCAGUAGAGGGCACUGCGGACUGCGGAUAAAAGUUGUACAGCACUACUAGGCUUGUUAUUAUCUUGGUUCAUGGUUUUAAUCCUGAACAUGCAUAUGAGUCAAACAGUAGCACAUCACAUAGUACAAUUCACAAUUUUGCAUGUCCAAAAAGGAGUAGGAAGAAGCAAAGCUUAUUUAAUCCUACCCCUCAUCAGUUUCACAUCAGUUGCAAUACAUUUAUUCACCUCUUGUUCUUCCAAGUGUACUUUGUAGGUCUACAUGACAAUGUAGUGCAAUCAUAGCCAAGGUUUUUACUGACUAAAAGGAAGCUAGAGGCUUAAUAAUAACUGAUAGAAUAUAUCCACCACCCACAGAACAAAGCUGUGCUAGUAAUGUCUUACGCUUGUUUUUAAUAUUUUACUUUUUAUACGGCAGAGUGUCAUUACAGCUUUAGUUCAUCGGGAAGUGACGCGAAGUGACGGUGGGCGUCCCGAGCAGGAGAGCUAGGCUCAGUGCUAGCUGUGAGUUUGGAGAGAGUUGGGAAGUGUGUUUAUGUUGGCGUGGAUGUAAAGUCCUGCAGUGUUCUCCGCUGUUAAUAAAGCCAUUAAAGUGCAUCGGCGACGUGAGUCUCUCCUUCCCCACAACAAGCGGCAUUACAGUAUUGACCAGUGCACACCAGGAAAUAAACGGUGUCAUUUCUUACAGGCAUUGGCUGGACAGCUAUGUAGUGGGGCUUGUUUAACCUUUGCCUUGUGGGCAAGCAGGAAGGAGAGACGAUACAGAAACAUACAGAACUACAUCAGCAAAUAAAUGUCUGUGACAACUAUAAAGACGA